AUUAAACAUAGAACUAUUGUAUUCGAUUUUUUUAACAUUUCUCUGCUGGGCUCAGAGUUCAGUGGCUGGGCUACACGACGAUUACUCCCGAAGCCGCCUCAAUCUAUUACUCAUAGCUGAUAGAUAUAUAGAAUAAUUUAAAAUAAAGAUUUUAACUGAGACAUCAAGGUUCUCACAGAAACAUACUUGCUGACCCCAGUGUCAAAAGAACGGCCGUGUGUGAGCUGAGCACUGUCGUGUGACCGGACUGCUCCGACCUGGGCGGACGCCGCCGGACGGCACCGGCUGCGGCAGGAUGUCGGCGAUGGAGGCGCUGAUCCCGGUGCUGAACAAGCUGCAGGACGUGUUCAGCACGGUGGGCUCCGACGCCAUCCAGCUGCCGCAGAUUGUGGUGGUCGGCUCGCAGAGCUCCGGCAAGAGCUCUGUGCUGGAGAGCCUGGUGGGCCGCUCGUUCCUGCCGCGCGGCACGGGCAUCGUCACCCGGUGUCCGCUGGUGCUGCAGCUCGUGCACACGCCUCUCGAUGACCGCGAGCACCGGACUGCCGAGGAGGGAACGCUAGACGCCCCAGAGUUCGGCAAGUUCCUUCACAGCAAGAAGGUGUUCAAAGACCUGGACGAUGUGCGAGCGGAGAUCGAGUUGGAAACGGACAAACGGGCCGGCACCAAUAAGGGCAUCUGCCCCGAGCCCAUCAACCUGAAGAUCUUCUCGCCAAAGGUGGUGAACCUGACCCUAGUGGACCUGCCGGGGCUGACCAAGGUGCCUGUCGGCGACCAGCCCGAUGACAUCGACCGUCAGAUUGAGGAGCUGAUCGUCAAAUACAUCACCAACCCCAACAGCAUCAUCCUGGCGGUGACGGCGGCCAACAUCGACAUGUCAACGGCCGAGAGUCUCAAGUUCGCGCGCGACGUGGACCCGGACGGUCGGCGCACGCUGGCGGUCAUCACCAAACUGGACCUGAUGGACGCGGGCACGGACGCCAUCGACAUGCUGUGCGGCAAGGUGAUCCCCGUCAAACUGGGCAUCAUCGGCGUGGUCAACCGCUCCCAGCAGGAUAUCCAGAAGAACAAGAGCAUCGAGGACGCACUGCGAGACGAGGCCGCCUUCCUGCAGCGGAAAUACCCGUCACUGGCGGCACGGAACGGCUCCCAGUACCUGGGCAAGACACUGAACCGGCUGCUGAUGCACCACAUCCGCGACUGCCUGCCCGACCUGAAGACGCGCGUCAAUAUGAUGGCGGCGCAGUUCCAGUCGCUGCUGAACUCCUACGGCGAGGACGUGUCCGACAAGGCCCGUACCCUCCUGCAGAUCAUCACCAAGUUCGCGUCGGCCUACUGUCAGACCAUCGAGGGCACGGCGCGUAACAUUGAGACCACCGAGCUGUGCGGCGGCGCGCGCAUCUGCUACAUCUUCCACGAGACGUUCGGCCGCGUGCUGGACUCGAUCCACCCGCUGACCGGGCUCACCUCCAUGGACAUUCUGACUGCCAUCCGGAACGCCACCGGGCCGCGGCCGGCGCUCUUUAUACCCGAGGUGUCGUUUGAGCUGCUGGUGAAGCGUCAGAUCCGCCGGUUGGAGGAGCCGUCGCUGCGCUGCGUGGAGCUGGCGCACGAGGAGAUGCAGCGCAUCAUCCAGCACUGCGGCACCGAGGUGCAGCAGGAGAUGCUGCGCUUCCCCAAGCUGCACGAGCGGAUCGUGGACGUGGUGACGCAGCUGCUGCGCGUGCGGCUGCCGCCCACCAACCAGAUGGUGGAGAACCUGGUGCAGAUCGAGCUCUCCUACAUCAACACCAAGCACCCGGACUUCCACAAAGACGCCGCGCUCGUCUCCAGCCUGAUCAAGAACGCCGAGGAGGACCACGGUCGGCUGGCGUCGGGCCGGCACCGGGGCCAGCGCCCGCCGCCCCCGCCCGGCGCCCAGGUGCCCAUGAUAAAGUCGGCAGAGGACGAGCUGCAGCCCAGGAAUCGGAUAGUCAAGUACAACAGCGACUCGCAGAUGGCCAACUCCAACUGGCUGGCGCAGCUGCUGCCCUCGCGCGGUGAGGAGAGUGGGGCGGCCUCGGCAGAGAACACCCCGCCCGUGACGCCGGCGCACCAGGGCCGCGGAGACGGCGCCACCACCGCCAACGGUGCAGCGCCCUCCACCCCGGCUGGAACGCCCGGCAAGCCCGUGAACCUGCUGCCGGAGGUACCCUCCCAACCGGGCCGCAAACUCUCGGAGCGGGAACAGCGGGACUGUGAGGUGAUCGAACGGCUCAUCAAAUCGUACUUCUACAUCGUGCGGAAGUCCAUCCAGGACACGGUGCCUAAGGCGAUCAUGCACUUCCUGGUCAAUUAUGUCAAGGACAACGUGCAGUCAGAGCUGGUCUCUAAGCUGUACAGUCCCAGUGAGAUCGACACACUGCUGUCGGAGUCUCCUCACAUCGCGCAGCGGCGUAGGGAGAGUGCUGAGAUGCUGCGCGCCCUGCAGCGCGCCAGCACCAUCAUUAGCGAGGUGCGCGAGACACACGUAUGGUAGCCCGGCUCGCCGACUCGCGAGCCAGUGUAGGUGGUCUAGUCUUUGGUGUGCAGUAGUCGUGGCCAGGGAUGGCAGUUUGCAUCUCCAAACGGGCGGCGACAGCCGGGCGACUUACGAUGAAGCUGUUGUCGCCAAGCCCGUCGGUGGAGAAAUUAGAGGUGCAAAUGUGUCGCCGGAAUGUCGCCCCAGUGACCUGAUAAUCGCAAUGUGUCUGUUACGGUGCUGCACAGGGGCGGGGUGGGUCCGAACCCCGCCAGCUUGAUCUGGCCAGAGCACACUCAGUGACUGGGGAGCGGGGAGGGUCCUCUGCUCGGACGGGGAGGGUCCUCUGCACGGACCGGGGAGGGUCCUCUGCACGGAUCGGGGAGGGGAGGACGCCAUUGUGAUUAUGUCACGCGCACUCGGACCCAGUUGUGGGUGUCGUCACUGUUCUGUUUCGCCGGUUAACGGAUGAAUUUCGGAUCUAUGAUCGUGCUGAGCGGAUGGUGCCGCGCUGACCACACUUGUCGCAGUAUUGUGGUCAGGGCGCAGCGAGACGGGUUGUGAGGGAGAGUGUGAGUGGGAGAGAGCGGUCAGUCGCGCGCGGUCGCCGUCUUUACCGGUGGUGUCGGCUGGAUGGCCUAGUGGCACAAUAUAUGGUCAACUGAUGUACGUGA